AUGAAAUCUUUGGUAGAGGCCGAUUGCGGUGGUCCAAAUGCUCUUGUAGGUCUAGCACAAAAUUAUGGAACAUCGAAUCAGCGAAUCGUCCCUAUAGUGAACCGAGGUGUUUCUUCGCUUUUACCAUCAACUUCACUUGGAGAGCAAUUCGUUAAUGAUUUUCUGCAACAGAAAGCAUCUGCGGCUCCUGCACCGACAUCAUUUAACAUGAGUGAACAAAAUCCAUCCCUAAUAUCUGCUGAUCCGUUGACCAAAGGUGAUCAUCUGAUGCAAGCUGGUGAUCUUGGCAAUGCUAUGUUGGCCUAUGAGGGAGCCGUACAGAAAAAUCCACGCGAUGCUGAGGUUUGUGGUUGUAUCGAUUUUAUUGAUUAG